CACCCUCUGCCCAGCACCCCCUGCCCAGGGCCGGGCGUGCCAGCGAGGCCACCGACGCGGCAGCAGGGCCUGGCAUGGCGCCAGGGGGCGAGGAGACGCCGCUGAUCGGGGGCAGGUCCUGCAGCCUCUCCUCCACCGAGGCUGGCACCCUCCAGGUGUUCCUGUACCACCGGGCACCUGCCCCCCCCAGCCCGCCGGGCACCCCCGGGCCGCCCAGCCUGGGCACCGCUGCAGGCUUCCUCACCUUCACCUUCGGCCAGUACACAGCAGAGGAGCUCUGCGUGAGGGCUGCCAAGGCCUGUGGUGUGGUGCCCGUGUGCCACACGCUCUUCGCCCUGGCCACCGAGGACCUCAGCUGCUGGUUCCCCCCCAGCCACCUCUUCAGGGUGGACGAAUCCUGCACCCAGGUGGUGCUGUACAGGAUCAGGUUCCUCUUCCCCAGCUGGUGUGGGCUGGGGCAGUGCCAGCGCUGCCAGCUGCCCAGUGGCACUGCCAGCCCCGUCCUGGACUACCCAACCAUCGACUACCUCUUUGCCCAGUGCCGCAGUGACUUCCUUGGGGGCCGCCUGGCAGUGCCACUCAGCCUGCCCACCCAGGAGGAGUGCCUGAGCCUGGCACUGCUGGACAUGCUGCGCAUCGCCAGGGAGCAGGGGCACAGCCCCCGGCGCCUCUGCAGCCUCCUCAGCUACAAGAGCUGCCUGCCGGCGGCGCUGCGGUGCCAGCUGCAGCAGGAGACCUUCCUGACCCGCAAGCGGCUGCGGCGCCGCUUCUGCCAGGCCCUGCGGCGCCUGGGGGGGUGCCAGGCCGAUGGGCACUGCCUGAAGCUCAAGUACCUGCUGGACCUGGGGCGGCUGCAGCAGCGCUGGGCACAGGAGAGCUUCGGGGGGCGCCUGCCAGGCGCUGCCAGGGGCAUCUCCGUCCACGUGGCCGGGGAGAGUGGCAUCAGCUGGAGCUGGGAGGGCAGCCAGGGCCGGCAGCACUUCUGCGACUUCCCGGAGCUCAGCGACGUCAGCCUCAGGCAGGCCGGCAGGGAGGGCGGCCCCGCGGAGCGCCGCCUGGUGGCCAUCAGCAGCACUGACAGCAGGGUGCUGGAGGUGGAGCUGCCCUCGCUGCAGCAGGCUCUGUCCUUGGUGGCUCUCCUGGAUGGCUACUACCGGCUGACCGCCGAUGCCCACCACUACUUCUGCCGGGAGCUGGCACCUCCACGGCUCCUGGAGGACUUGGAGAACCUGUGCCAUGGGCCCAUCAGCUCGGAGUUUGCCAUCCGGAAGCUGCAGGUGGCAGGGAGCCAGCCAGGGCUGUACCUCCUGCGCCGCAGCCCCCAGGACUUCGACAGCUUCCUGCUGACCAUCUGUGCCCGGAGCCGCUCGGGCCGCGACUACAAGCGGUGCCUGAUCCGCAGGGACGAGGAGGGCAGCUUCUGGCUCUCGGGGGUGGCGCGGAGGUUCUGCAGCCUGCAGGAGCUGCUGGGCACCUACCGGCACCGCGGGCUGCAGGCAGAGGGUGCCCGCAUGAGGCUUGCUGCCUGCUGCCCGCCCCUGCCCAGAGAGAGGUCCAACCUGCUGAUCCUGCGCAGCAGCCGCCCCCAGCCCCCCCCGGGCUCCCCUGCCGGCCCCCGGCGCAGCCUCUCCCAGAUGGUCUUCCACAAGAUCCACCCCCGGGGGCUCACCAGGGGGGAGAGCCUGGGCCAGGGCUCCUUCACUCAGAUCUUCAGGGGCCUGAGGAAGGAGCAGCAGGAGGAUGGAGAGCUCCAGACCCAGGUGGUGCUCAAGGUCCUGGACGGCAACCACCGCAACUGCGCCGAGUCCUUCCUGGAGGCAGCCAGCACCAUGAGCCAGCUCUCCCACAAGCACCUGGUCCUGCUGCACGGUGUCAGCCUCGGCAAGGAGAGUAUCAUGGUGCAGGAGUAUGUCAGGUAUGGGCCCCUGGACCUCUACCUGAAGAAGAACCAAGGUGAGGGCAAGGUGACCACGAGCUGGAAGCUGCAGGUGGCCAAGCAGCUGGCAUAUGCCCUCAACUACCUGGAGGACAAGAGGAUCCCCCAUGGCAAUGUCUCUGCCAAGAAGGUCCUGCUGGCCCGGGAGGGGGACGUGGCCACCGGCAGCCCUCCCUUCAUCAAGCUCAACGACCCUGGAGUCAGUGUCACCGUCCUGGCCAAGGAGAUGCUGGUGGAGAGGAUCCCCUGGGUGGCCCCCGAGUGCCUCAGUGACCCCAAGAGCCUGGCGCUGCCAGCCGACAAGUGGAGCUUUGGGGCAACCCUCUGGGAGAUCUUCAGUGGUGGCAACAUGCCAGUGAGCCUGCUGGAGCCCCCCAGGAAGCUGGAGUUCUACCAGAGGCAGCUCCAGCUGCCAGCCCCCAAGUGGACAGAGCUGGCCACGCUGAUGGCUCAGUGCAUGGACUACCAGCCCCAGCGCCGGCCCUGCUUCCGCGCCCUCAUCCGGGACCUCAACAGCCUCAUCACCUCUGAUUAUGAGCUGCUCUCAGAUCUGUCACCCAGCGACGUGGCACUGCAGGACAGCUUCUGGGGGUGCCAACCCCUCAGCCUGUGCCAGGACCCCACACACUUUGAGGAGAGGCAUCUCAAGUACAUCUCACUGCUGGGCAAGGGCAACUUCGGGAGCGUGGAGCUGUGCAGGUAUGACCCCCUGGGGGACAGCACCGGGGAGCUGGUGGCAGUGAAGAGGCUGCAGCAGGAUUCGGCCAAGGAGCUGCAGGACUUCCAGAGGGAGAUCCAAAUCCUGCACUCCCUGCAGCACGACUUCAUCGUCCAGUACAGAGGGGUCUGCUACAGCAGGGGGCGCCGCGGGCUGCGGCUGGUGAUGGAGUUCCUGCCCAACGGCUGCCUGAGGGACUACCUGCAGAGGAACCAACCCCACCUGGACCACAGCACCCUGCUCCUCUAUGCCUGGCAGAUCUGCAAGGGCAUGGAGUACCUGGGGGCGCAGCGCUGCGUGCACAGGGACCUGGCCAGCAGGAACAUCCUGGUGGAGAGCCAGAGCCACGUCAAGAUCGGGGACUUCGGGCUGGCCAAGCUGCUGCCCCAGGGCAAGGACUACUACGUGGUGCGAGAGCCUGGGCAGAGCCCAGUCUUCUGGUAUGCUCCAGAGUCCCUGGCAGACAACCUCUUCUCCAGGGCCUCUGACACCUGGAGCUUUGGUGUCCUCCUCUAUGAGCUCUUCACCUACAGCAACAAGAGCAAGAGCCCCUCCGAGGAGUUCCUCCGCAUGCUGGGCGCCACCAAGGCCUCGCAGCUCAUCUGCCACUUGCUGGAGCUGCUGAAGGACAACCAGCGGCUGCCAGCGCCCCCUGGGUGCCCCACCGAGGUGUACUCCCUGAUGCUGAGCUGCUGGGCGUUCAGCCCCGGCUCCAGGCCCUCCUUUGGGGAGCUGCUCCCCAAGAUCGAGCUGCUGAGGGACAGCAGGAGCAAAGCCCACGGGUAG